ACAGGAUACCCAAUCGCCAUUUGCACAGUGCACGGAUUGUAGUUUUAUUGCUUCUACUCAAGGACAUUUGGGCAUUCAUAGAUCUAAAAUGCAUCAUGCCGAAUUCCCCGACCACGUUAAAUCUGUAAAUAUCGUUAGGCUUUUCCCUGAAGGAAAGUCGUAUUACUGUUGUCUAUGUAAUAAUAUUAUUGGUUCCUUUGUGAAUUUUAAACGUCAUUAUGUGAAUAAACACAAAGGAAUUUCACUUAACAUUUCUGCUAAAUGUACCAUUUGUGAUCGUAUUUUCCCGGAAAAUCGUGGCGCUGGUGUCCAUCUUCAACAUACCCAUCAAAUUGGCAAAAAUGAUUCCUAUCCUCUCUCUCCUACACCAGAAAUGUCUUACGUUGAUCUUGAA